AUGGCCGCCUUCCCUCUCCUGCUGCUGCUCUGUUCUCUCCUCCUCGCCGCCUCGACGGCGGCAGAUCAGUGCCACGACGACGACCACGCCGCCCUGGUCGCCAUUGAUACCGCCCUGGGCAGCCCGUACCACUUCGCGUCGUGGACGCCGGACUCUGCCUGCUGCGACUGGUACGACGUCGACUGCGACGCCGAGUCAGGCCGCGUCAUCGGCCUCCGUGUGUUUCAGGACACCAACAUGUCGGGCGCCAUCCCGGACGCCAUCGCCAACCUCACCUUCCUCCAGACCCUCACCCUCCACCACCUCCCCGCCAUCUCAGGCGCCAUCCCGGACUCCCUCGCCGCGCUCUCGAACCUUUCGCAGCUCACCAUCUCCCACACUGGUGUCUCCGGCCCGGUCCCCUCCUUCCUCGGCAUGCUCACCGCGCUCACCGUCCUCGACCUCUCUUACAACUCCCUCACCGGCGCCAUACCGGCGUCUCUAGCUGAUCUCCCCAACCUUUCCAGUAUCAACCUCCGCCGGAACCACCUCUCCGGUACCAUCCCGUCGCUGCUCCUCUCCAAGUCGCCCGACCAGGCCUACCUCUGGCUCUCCAGCAACAACCUCUCCGGCGCUAUCCCGGCCGAGUUCGCCGCCGUCGACUUCGCACACAUCGACCUAUCCCGCAACGCCCUCACCGGCGACGCCGCGUGCCUCUUGGGCGCGGGGAAGUCGUCGCUCCAGCACGUCGACGUGUCCCGCAACGCGCUGCGCUUCGACCUCUCCGGCAUGGAGUUCCCGGAGAACGCCACCUACAUCGACCUCAGCCACAACGGCAUCCGUGGCGGCAUCCCUACGCAGGUGGCGAACCUUACCAACCUCCAGCAGUUCAACGUGAGCUUCAACAGGCUGUGCGGCGAGGUGCCCGCCGGCGGCAACAUGGCCAGGUUCGACCGCUAUAGCUACCUCCACAACAAGUGCCUCUGUGGAGCGCCGCUCACGGCGUGCCGCCAACGGCCCAUCAACUACCUACACUAGCUACCUUCGUCGACGUGGGCUCGGACUUCCAGUUUACCAAACAAAAUCAACAUAAACUUCUACUACUUCCAAAAUAUGAUAUGGGAAUAUCUACUUCCAAAAUACUAUGAGCAGCCAUGCAGUAAUCGUGAAGUGAUUACUACGGUUUGUAUCAGUGGUAAAGAAGACACUAAUUGUCAUAGAUGUACUCUUUUUUAU